AUGCACGCCGUGGCGGUGGCGCACGAGGAAGAAACCGCGGCGGCGGCCGUGGCGGAUAGCAGCGGCGCGGCGCUGGUCCCGACAGGCAGCCUGCAACCGGUGGAGGUACCGCAAGCAAGCGCGAAGCAGCCGCAACGCGGACGGGGUGGACGCGGAACUUUUCUCGUGGAGGAGGAGCUGGAUGUGCUGUCUGUCGAAGCUGCUGCCGGGCGAUCCAUCCAUGUGCCGCUCAAGCUUAACGGCGUUCCUGUGUCACCAGUCCUGGAUACAGGCUCUAGUGUCACUAUUGUGACUGCUGACACGUGGAGGUCGCUGGGAUCACCGAAGCUGUCGCCAUACACGUCCCUCCUGCGAAGCUUCACGGGCCACGCCCUGAAGGUCAUUGGGACCGUGACAGUAGACGUCACGCACGGUCGGAACAGCAAGGCGCUACCCGUUAUCGUCGUGGUCAGCGGCGGCAACGUGCUGGGGAGAGACUGGAUCCGGGCCCUCGACCUGAGCCGAUUGAGCCUACGAGAUCUCCAGUCAGCCUCCGUGUCUGCCGUCUCCGGAAUUACAGUGGAGGAGCUGCUGGCGAAACACAGCGCUGUGUUCCGCGAAGAGUUAGGCCAUUGCCGUCACUACAAAGCACACCUGCACUUGAAACCCGGAGCCGCGCCGGUGUUUCGAAAGGCGCGACCAGUACCGUUUGCAUUCCGGGAAGCCCUGGAGCGCGACCUGGACCGCCUCGUGGAGAAAGGGAUCCUGACUCCGGUCGAGCGGGCGGACUGGGCAGCUCCGGUAGUGACCGCGCAGAAGCGGGCCGGGGACAUCCGCACCUGUGCCGACCUUAGCACGGGCCUGAAUGACGCCCUCGAUGUCCAGCAGUAUCCGCUGCCGACACCCGAUGAGCUCUUCGCCAAGCUCAAUGGCGGUCGGAAAUUCACCACCCUUGACCUGGCGGAGGCGUACGCCCAGGUCGAGCUGGACGACGACAGUAAGAAACUGGUGGUAAUCAAUACCCACAAGGGGUUGUUCCGAUACAACCGCCUUCCUUUUGGCGUGGCGUGCGGCCCCAGCAUCUUUCAACAGAUAAUGGAAAGCGUCCUCCAAGGCUGCGAGGGCGUGGCCAUCUAUCUCGAUGACAUCAUUGUCACCGGGGCGACCGAAGAGGAGCACCUGAGGAACCUGGAAAAGGUCCUUCAGCGUUUGGAGGAGCACGGGUUCACGCUCAAACGGAGCAAGUGUCACUUCCUGCAGAACUCCGUGGAGUAUCUGGGGUUCGUGGUGGACCACCAAGGUCGCCACAUCUCCCAGGAUCGAGUGAAGGCUCUCCGAGAAAUGGCCCGUCCCAGCAACAUCAGUGAGCUCCGCGCGUUUUUGGGUUUGGUCAACCACUACGGGAAGUUCGUCCGCGACCUUUCCGGGAAGUGUGCCCCGUUCCAUGCCCUCCUGAAGACCGGUGUUCCCUGGUCUUGGUCCAAGGACUGCGAGUCCCAGUUCCUGUCCCUGAAGGACCAAAUUGUCCGCGCAACCUUCCUGGUCCACUAUGACCCGCGGAUGCCACUGGUCCUUGCGGCGGACGCGUCCCAGUAUGGCGUCGGUGCCGUGAUAUGCCACCGUUUCCCAGACGGAACGGAACGCCCGAUUGCCCAUGCGUCCAAGACCCUGACAGCGGCCGAGAAGAACUACGGACAGAUAGAAAAGGAAGCCCUGACACUCGUCUUUGGCUGCCGGAAGUUCCAUCAGUACAUCGCCGGGCGCGAGUUUACUCUGUGUACUGACCACAAGCCGCUUCUGAGCGUUUUCGGUACCAAGAAGGGAGUUCCAGUGGUGACAGCAAACCGUUUGCAGCGAUGGGCGCUCAUGCUGAUGGGGUACUCCUUCAGCAUCGAGUACCGCCGGACGGAGGACUUCGGCCAGGCGGACGGCCUCAGCCGCCUACCGCUGCAUUCGACGGAGCUGGACGGACUGUACGGGCUGGGGAUGGACAGCGUGGUGAACGCAAUCCACCUAGAUAACGUGUCUCGUUUCCCGUGGCAGUCGAAGCCAUUGCACUAG